GAGUGGCUGUUUACAAACUAACCCAGCCUAAAUAUGGCUACCAGUAACAGUGACUGUUCUAACUCAGUGAGGAACCAAGAACCAGCUGCUACCCACCCCCCAGAACAGAUCACCCAGCCAGCUGAACCUGACUACGACCUUGUUGAACAACCUGACAAGGACUUGUACUGUCCAGUUACUCUUGAGAUUCUGGUGGAGCCACAUCAAACCGACUGCUGUGGACAGCACAUCUCAGAGAAAGCUGCUCAAAGGAUCAUCAGAGAUGACAAGCCUUGUCCUAUGUGUAACAACGCUCCCUUUAAAACACUGAAAGACAAGUUCUUCAAACGAAACACAAUCAACAAAUUAAAUGUUCGUUGUCCCCACAAAAAGAGUGGGUGUGAGUGGACGGGGGAACUGGGGGACUUGAACCACCACACCACCUCUUGUCCAAAACGUCCCUGGAAUUGCCAAUAUUGCGACUUUGUGUCCACCCACGAUAUUGGAACAAAUGACCACACCCCUUGCUGUGACAACUACCCCCUGCCUUGUCCCAACCAAUGUGAGAUCGGUAUCGUCCCUCGCUGCCAAGCUGAUAGCCACCUGCUGGAGUGCCCCCUACAACUUGUGGAGUGUGAGUUUGUUGGAGCUGGAUGUGACGUGAAGGUUUCUCGAAGAGAUCUGGUGGGUCACAUGACAGAGAGUGCCCAACACCACCUCCUGACAGCCACCCUCAUCAACCUGCAACUAACGAGAGAGCUACACCAGAAAAUGAAGGAGAAAGACCAACAAAUAGUCGACUUGCAGAAAUAUGUGAAACAGGUGAAGGAACAGGGCAAUACCAUUGAUACCAAGAUUCAACAAUUGGACGCAAAAGUUGCUACCAAAUUGGAAAAUCUUGAUGCUAAAGUCAAUACCAACUUCCAAGAUCUAGAGCAACAAGCUAGAAACCUUGACACAAAGGUCAGUGACCUAAAGACCACGAUGGAAGCCAACACAAUGAAGAUACAGAAUGAUUUGUUAUUGCUAAAUGGAUUUUCUUGCCACGAGUUUACUCUCACUGAGUUUACAAAACAACAAACAAAACCCAUCAAUGGACGCUGGGAUAGUGGAGGGUUUACUACACAAGGGUGGCAGUUCUCAUUCAAAGCGUUUACAAAAGGUGUUGGAUCUGGUACCGGAACACAUUUGUCAGUCUGCAUCUAUAAAGACCAUGAUGAUAGCAAAACAGAAGGUGUAGCUAUCCUACAGAUGCUCAACCAGCUGGGUGACCAUGGACACAACAUAGGAUCGGAAACAAAAAUUUUGAAGGGGAAAGCAACAUAUUUUGGCGACUCAUGCAAAUUCUUCCCCCUGGAUCGCCUAGGUUACUGUGCUGACACAAACACUCAGUACCUCAAAGACGACUAUCUCAAGUUCAGACUGUUUAUGAAAGUGAAGGCUCUCUAAAUAGUACACAAUGUUGGGAACUAUACCGUGACUGUAUCUUAGCAGAUUUUAAAAGUUAAUUAUCAAUUUUGAUUGUGA